UCAUGUAUUUAUAGAUAUGCCAUUCUCUUCUAUCUACAAGCUGUAUAGAUACAACCUAUAUACUCUUUUAAGUAUUCAAUCAAAAGCUUUACACCACACCAUACGAAAACAUUCUUAGCUAAAUUCCUCAUUUCUCCCCCAAUUCCCUUAAUCAAAAUUGUAAUCUUUUGAGCCUUAAACUCACAGAUUAUAUUCUGUUAAACUCCAUAUAUAGUUUAACACUAAACCUCCCUUUAAGCUUUCAUUAAUUACGAUAAUAGAAGAAUGGGGCUGAGGGAUAUUGGCGCGGAGCUUCCUCCAGGGUUUAGGUUCUAUCCAAGCGACGAGGAAUUAGUAUGCCAUUAUCUGUUCAAAAAAAUCGCGAAAGAGGAGGUCUUGAAGGGCACUCUAGUGGAGAUUGAUCUUCAUACUUGUGAGCCAUGGCAACUUCCUGAGGUUGCGAAGCUGAAUUCGACAGAGUGGUAUUUCUUCAGCUUUAGGGACCGGAAAUACGCCACUGGCUUCCGGACCAAUCGGGCCACCACGACGGGGUACUGGAAAGCCACUGGGAAGGAUCGGGUGGUGCUUGACCCGAAGACUAAUGCGAUUGUAGGGAUGCGAAAGACUCUGGUUUUCUACAAGAAUAGAGCGCCGAAUGGUGUCAAAACAGGUUGGAUCAUGCACGAAUUUCGCCUCGAGAACCCAAAUCUCCCACCCAAGCAGGAGGACUGGGUGUUGUGUAGAGUAUUUCACAAAGCCAAGACAGAGAACAACAACCAACUGAGCCCACAAGAUGUGUUUGAGGUUCAAGAGGCAACAGCUGGUGACACUUCUCCAGUGUCGUCUAACCGAAUUCCACCCCUCGGCUCCUAUUAUCAUCACCAACAACAUUAUAAUCAUUUCACGCCUCAAGGCCCCCCAUCCUACCAACAACCUAACACUCUACUCCAAUUUCCAUCACUCACGAACCCUAAUUUCCUCCAAUUAUCUCAUCAUCAACCUCAUACCGACACUAGUACUACUCUCGCUCGUGUCAACGAUAUCAUGACGGUGAACUCCAAAUGCGAAGAUCAAAAUGACUAUAAGUUCCUGUUUCAUGAUAUCAACUUCGAAGAUGGAAAUAUGGUAGAUGAAUUGGAUUCGGACAUGCAUGGGAUAAUGUUUGAUGAUUGUUUAUAAGUUUAGUCCACAAUAUUAUGAUCUGCAGGGUCUGUUAUAAGGGUACCGAAACAACACAUACAUGUUGCAUUUCAUCUCUUAGAUUUGUCGUAUACCAUAUAGAAUUAUAUAGAAUGAUAGAUUGCUAGGUCUAGGUCACACAUAUGUUCAUGCAGUACUGUUUGUAAGUUUGUAUAUAUUACAUUUGUUUGCAUUGUA